UUUUCUCAUGUUGGUAUACCUGUAAACAACGAAUAAAAUUUUAAAUUUAUCCAAAACAUAAUUUAACAUUUCAAACAAACUCUAAAAACAUUACGAUGACUCCUAAUGUGGAUAUUGAAAUAAUUUUAAACGAAUAUAGCAACAAUACCACUAUGAAAUCAAUAAUUGGGGUAGUUCAGAAAUAUUUAGAAAAUAUAAUUGUUCGCCCCAACAGCGUGAUUAAUAUUGAUGAAGAAGGAAUUUCCGUUCUUAAUAAUAGUGUAAAAACUAUUAUAGUUGGAGAAAUACCAAAUUAUAAUAAAUCAUUUGUGGAUUUUAAACACUUAAAAGUAAAUUGGUUUGUAUAUAAAUUAGAUACCGAUGGUCCUGUAGAACAAAAUGAAGAUGAUGGGGAUGACGCACAAACGACUAUUUCUACCCAAAUAACUCUUCCAUCAGUAACUUUAUUAAAUAUGUGGGAAAAUUUAUAUUUUGAUAACAAUAUAAAACAAAAUUUAUUAAAAUAUGCUGAAACAAUGAUGGAAUUUUCUGAUAAGGGUGUAGAUAACAAUGUAAUCAGUUGUAACAGAGUUUUUCUACUUCAUGGUCCUCCUGGCACUGGAAAAACUUCACUUUGUAAAGCUUUAGCUCAAAAACUUACUAUCAGAAUGGGAAAUAGGUUUAGUUCUGGAAUUCUUAUAGAAAUAAAUAGCCAUAGUUUGUUUUCAAGGUGGUUUUCAGAAAGUGGUAAACUGGUAAAUAAAAUGUUUAGUAGAAUAAAUGACUUUGUAGAAAAUAGAAAUAUACUUGUCUGCGUUCUAAUUGAUGAAGUUGAAUCUUUAGCGCAUGCUAGAAAUCAGUGUUUGUCAGGUACAGAGCCUUCGGACUCUAUUAGAGUUGUAAAUGCUCUUUUAACUCAAAUAGAUCAAAUAAAAAGGCAUCCAAAUGUACUAAUUUUUGCCACAUCAAACAUGACCGAAUCCAUAGACUUAGCUUUUGUCGACAGAGCAGACAUUAAACAAUAUUUAGAUAUGCCAUCUGUUCAAGCAAUAUACAAAGUGUAUCAUUCUUGCAUUAAUGAACUGAUAAAGGCCAAAAUUAUACAAGACCUUAUCUUAGAGCCCAUAGAGCACCUUAUGAAUGAUCAGCCACAUUCAGCAGAAACACAACAGCUAUUAGAUUUAUGCAAAAAAAGUUUGGGAUUGAGUGGAAGAUCUCUAAGAAAAAUUCCAUUUUUAGCGCAUGCAUUGUAUUUAAAUGGUUCGUUUUCAAAUUUGAAUGAAUUUUUAACAGCCAUGGACAAAGCUGUCGAAAAAGAAAUAUGGGAAAGGAGUUAUUUUGCAGGACUUAAACAGGAAAAUAAGUAGAAAUUAGUUAUUUAAAAUACUCAUUAUGUUCAUUCGUAUUUAUUGCCUAGAAAAUCUUACUAAUUGUAGUAAAAAUUGUUCCUUUUACUUGUUAAGAUUAAAAAUCUCAAUUCAUCAUAUUUAAUCUAUUGUCUUAAAAUAACUAGGUAC